UGGCGCUGUCCAUAAUGAGAAAACAACAGUACCUGAGGGUGGUGGCAUGCGAGACAUGAGUGUCAAGAGCGUGACGGCUGAUAGGACUUAGCCUGACCCUCCUAGGCCUUGAUGUACGGCAUUUGGUCAUAAAAACCAGGAGUUUUCUAGCCAAAGAUGAUGAAUCAAACUACUCCAACUAGUGGACUCGAAAACAUUGAGCAUGUGAUCUUAGUGCUAUCUGGCAAAGGUGGUGUUGGUAAAAGUACAGUCACAACACAACUGGCACUGACUUUAUGUAAAGCUGGAAAAAAGGUUGGAAUAUUAGAUGUUGACCUAUGUGGGCCUAGCAUACCUAGGAUGCUGAAUGUCCAAGACAAAGAUGUACAUCAGUGUUCUGCAGGGUGGGUGCCUGUGUAUGCAGAUGCAGAGCAACAACUUAGUGUGAUGUCAAUUGGCUUCCUCCUAGGUGACAAAGAUGAGGCUGUUGUGUGGAGGGGACCGAAAAAGAAUGCAAUGAUUAAGCAAUUCCUAACAGAUGUGUACUGGGGCAAGCUGGAUUACCUCAUUAUAGAUACACCUCCAGGAACUUCUGACGAACAUAUCACAGUAAUUGAAAACUUACAGGAAUUAAAGCCAGAGGGUGCUGUCUUAGUAACAACUCCUCAGGGUGUAGCAAUUGGCGAUGUUAGGAGAGAAAUUACAUUUUGCCGGAAGACUAAAAUACCUAUACUUGGCAUUGUGGAAAACAUGAGUGGAUUUGUUUGUCCUCACUGUGCAGAAUGCAGUAAUGUGUUUUCCAAAGGAGGUGGAGAGGCAUUAGCAAAACAGUGCAGUGUUCCAUUCUUAGGUUGUAUUCCAUUAGAUCCCCAGCUAUCACAAAGUUUAGAAGAAGGAUCAAGUUUUGUGGACUUAUUUCCAGAAUCAAACACAUUGCAGGCAUUACGCAAUAUUGUUAGUAUGAUUAUAAAACAUAAAGAAUCUGUGAAUCUUUAAAAUAAUUUAUUAAUUUUUUUUUUUUUUUCAACUUCAAAUACUGCUACAACUAACAGUUUUUAUUGGUUUACAAACAUCUAAAUAAAGAAUAUACAAUACCAACAGGCUUUCAUGAUAGUGGUAUAGUCUUUUGGUAACAGACUAUGUUCAAUACAAUAACAAUAUUUGUUUCAACAUUUUAGCACUUUUUGUGUAUACUGUAAAAUGGAAUGUGGGUUAUUUCAGUUCAUUUUAUUUGACACGCAUGCUGAGUACAGUGUGUUGACAGAUAACCAAUGGUUGAUAGCACCUUGUCCGAUAAGAGUAAUUUUGGCCUAGGUAAAACGAAUUGCGAAUUCUGGCUGGGUCCUUAAAACCCCAUAUCGGCAGCCACGGCGUAGUGUCAGUGAAUACAGAUACAAUGCUCAUAUUGAGGGUUAUUCAAGGAGCCGAGCGAUCCAACACCAAUUUAAACCCGAUGCUGUUGGCCCGGUUUAAACUGGGGUCUUCAGCGUUCGGCUCAGUACAAUGAUUUACUGUGAUUACUCGUCCUCUGCAGACUCUAUAGGCCUUCUCACCCAUCGUCUGCUACAAAUGUAAAAUAGGAAUUGUACGCAUGUACAGUGUGUUGUGUCAUCGUAAUCUAUUCUAAACGUAAGCAAAAUUUAGAAUUUAGAAAAGCAGUUUUUUAAACUUCAAAUAUUUUUGAAAGAUAAUUGUCUUUUAUGCAUUGUUUCUAAUAAAUGUCCCCACCUUUCAUCAAAAUUGCUUGAU